UUCUCAACAUUACGGUUUUGUUCGGCGGACGAUGGGUGGGCGUUUUGGUUGUCUGCCUUGCGAGCAUUUUUCGGAUAUUAUUUAUUUCAUUUCACAUUAUUAAGGUCAUAACCAUUUCUGAAGAAAAGAGGACCUUAUCUUUAGAUUCCAGUGCCUUGUGUUUUGUUUACUCAUUUCAAUUUUUACUUCUAAAAAUGAAACCAGGAUUUUAUUCUGUUGAGUUGAAUAAAACUAGAUGGGAAAUUCCCUUACGAUACAAGGAACUCACCCCAGUUGGAACGGGUGCCUAUGGACAAGUAUGCGGUGCGCUGGACACCCUCACCAACACCAAGGUGGCCAUCAAGAAGCUGGCGCGUCCGUUCGACACGGUGGUGCACGGCAAGCGGACGUACCGUGAGCUGCGGCUGCUGCGACACAUGAAACACGACAAUGUCAUCGGUCUGCUCGACUGCUUCCAUCCAAACACAUCAUACGAGACAUUCAAGGACGUGUACUUUGUCACCGACCUGAUGGGCGCCGACCUGAACAACAUCCUCAAGACGCAGUCGCUCACCGACGAGCACGUGCAGUUCCUGGUGUACCAGAUCCUGCGCGGGCUCAAGUACAUCCACUCGGCGGGGAUCAUCCACCGGGACCUGAAACCGAGUAACCUGGCAGUAAACGAGGACUGCGAGCUCAAGAUCCUGGACUUUGGCCUGGCGCGGCCCACCGAGCACGAGAUGACCGGCUACGUGGCGACGCGCUGGUACCGCGCGCCCGAGAUUAUGCUCAACUGGAUGCACUACAACCAGACCGUGGACAUCUGGUCGGUGGGCUGUAUCAUGGCCGAGCUGCUCACCAGGAAGACCCUGUUCCCGGGCACGGACCAUAUCCACCAACUAAACAUAAUCAUCGAGCUCCAGGGCUCACCUAGCGACGAUUUCCUGAAGAAAAUCUCCAGCGAGUCUGCUCGCGCCUACAUCCGCUCCCUGCCGCCGAUGAAGGCAAAGGACUUCAAGCAGUUCUUCCGUGGGGCGAACCCCCUGGCGAUCGACCUGUUGGAGAAGAUGCUGCAGCUGGACGCCGACCUGCGGCCGACGGCCGAGGAGGCGCUGGCACACCCGUACCUGUCUCAGUACUCGGACCCCACCGACGAGCCCACGUCGCCGCUCUUCGAUGAGGGCUUCGAGAUGGUGCAGCUGCCCACCGAGCACUGGCGCCAACUGGUGUAUGAUGAGAUUGAGGACUGGGGGAAGAAGCAACAGGCGGCCAAGUGAGCCGCGGCCGGGCCGGCUGAUGGCGUCUGAGGAGGCCGCUGCCGCCAGGGGAGGGCCGCCAGCCCGCCGGCUGCCGUGAGGGGACUGUCAGCUCACCGACUGCCGUCACGCUGCGCGCCGUUCGGCGGCGGACAGUAAUUGAGCGGCCGACUGUGUCCGGCUCUCCGGAGCCCAGCCGCUGCCGCCACGUGCCAUUGGUGCUCAUGUAGCCGACUGCCGGCCGGUUUUCUGUGAGCGGCGUUGCCCGCCGCGCCGCGAUACCGAGAUGUGGAGAGUGCCGGAGAGUCCCCGCGGCGCCGGCCACCGCGCGCCGCCCGGAGACAGUGAUAGCGGUAAGGUGGGGAGUGUGGCUCCCAGCGCGUGCUGAGACCGGUGCUCCGACUGUGAGAGACGUGCCUGCUAGUGUGUGUGUUCGGGGCGCGUCUGUGCCCGGCGCCGAUAGUCUGCCGAUAACUGGACGGUGACGCCGGUUCUCGACAGGCUAGUUCGGACUGCUCGCGGGCCGUGCAGGUGGCGUUACCGUCUCUGCGAAAGGGCGUAGAUGAUGAUGUGCCCGUCUGCUCCGCCGCCCCCGACUACCCAACCCCGCCAGUUACCGAUAACCAGCCCCUGGUGCCAAUCAACGAGGCACGCGCGUUAUUGCCACCUAAUCCUUCCGCCACGGAUCCUACCGCCUCGAUAUUUUCGGCUUUUACUUUACUGUUGCCGAUUUUCUUCCUGACCUUGCUUUGUAAACUGGCAGAAUGCGGCCUUUGCCCGACUUUAGAAUGCCCCUUUUGGGAAUCUGCUUAUUGCAUAUAUCAAUUGUUGGUUGAAUUGUUGAUUUAUUUGUAUAUAUUUACUAAUAAUUAUUUUUGAACGACUGUAAUUUGGGCGGCUUUGCCCUGCUGCAAUGCGUGUUUUUCAGCACCCGAAAUUGUAGCCUGCCUUUGGACAGCAGUGAAUAUCACUGGCACGUGAGUCGGUGCGUCACUCGUGAUGAAAUAAAUACGCACAUUUGUAA